GGGGGCGGCGGGGCCGCAGGAUGGGGGUUUGUGGUGUGUUGGUGUUGUGUUGUCUGCUCGGUCUGCUGCGGCCCGGCCGCGCCCUGCACAAUGUCACUGCGCAGCUCUUCGGGUCCGAGGCCCGCGGCGUCCUGGCGGCCUUCGGGGACUUCAACUCGGACAAGCAGACGGACCUGUUCGUGCUGCGCGACGGGAAUGAAUUAUUUAUCUUUCUGGCAGACCAAAAAGAACCAUAUUUUAAACCCAAAGUGAAGUUAUCAAUGAAAGGUUAUGAAGUUGUAAUAACAAGUGUGGUUCCUGGAGAUUAUGAUGGCGAUUCACAAAUGGAUGUUCUCCUGACAACUCGGCCCCAAAAUCGUGGCACUGAUGAAUUAUCAGUGUUUAUUUUCUGGGGACAUAAUCAAACACUAGAUCUUAACCAUAAAACUAUAUUAAAUAAAACAUUUCAUGAUGAGCCUCUAAUCAUGGAUUUCAAUGGUGAUUUAGUUCCAGAUGUCUUUGGUGUUACAAAUGAGACGGAUAAGCCACAGAUAUUGAUAGGCAGGAAUUUAUCAUGGCAUACUGCGUUGGAUACUGGGAAUAAAAUGUAUAUACCCCAUUCUCAUGCAUUUAUAGAUUUGAAUAGCGACUUCACUGCAGAUUUAUUCCUUACUACAUUAUCAGACUCCAACAAAAUUCAGUUUGAGAUGUGGCUAAAUAAGGAUGGGAAUUUCUCCGAAGUCACUAAAACAAAGAAAAAACCUGAAGAUAUGAUGAUUAUUGGACAAUCGGUGUUUGCAGAUUUUGAUGGGGAUGGGCAAAGUGAGCUGCUGCUGCCUGCCUGUGCUGAUGAAACUUGUCAGAAAAGUGCCAUCUAUUUAUCUAAACUAGGAUUGGAUCAGUGGAUUCCAGUGUUGCAGAACUUUCAAAAUAAAGACACACUCUGGGGCUUUGUACCUUAUAAAAAUGAUCCAUCUGCAAGUGAACUUUCAGUUCCAAUUACGCUUCACAUUGGAGAUUACAACAUGGAUGGCUACCCAGAUGCUCUUGCCAUAUUAAGAAAUACAUCUGGAAGCAAUCAGCAAGCUUUUUUAUUAGAGAAUGUCCCAUGCGAUAACGCAAGCUGCAAGACUGCACGUCGUAUGUUUAAAAUCUUUUGGGAGCUCUCAGAUCUAAACCAAAUCAAAGAUGCUGUGAUAGCAACUUUCUUUGACAUAUAUGAAGAUGGAAUAUUGGAUAUUAUUGUGUUAAGCAAAGGGCAUUUCGGCAAGGACUUUGCCAUCCACGCAUUAAAGAAUAACUUUGAAGCCGAUGCUUAUUUUGUUAAAGUUAUUGUUCUUAGUGGCCUCUGUUCUAAUGACUGCCCUCGGAAAAUAACACCUUUUGGUGUGAAUCAGCCUGGACCUUACAUCAAGUAUACAACUGUUGAUGCAAAUGGAUAUCUGAAAAAUGGUUCAGCUGGACAACUUAGCCAGUCAGCACAUUUUGCUCUCCAGCUGCCUUACAGUGUGCUUGGUUUGGGACGUAGUGCCAAUUUCCUCGAUCACUUGUAUGUUGGCAUUCCUCGUCCUUUAGGAGAAAAGUCCGCACGGAAACAGGAAUGGACAGCUAUCAUCCCAAACUCCCAACUUAUAGUCAUUCCAUACCCUCACUAUGCUCCUCAAAGCUGGAGUGCCAAGCUGUACCUGACCCCAAGUAACAUUGUGCUGUUAACAGCUAUAGCCCUAAUUGGAGUUUGUGUUUUCAUCUUGGCAAUAAUUGGCAUAUUGCACUGGCAAGAGAAGAAAGCAGAUGACAGAGAGAAACGUCAGGAAGCCCAUCGGUUCCAUUUUGAUGCUAUGUGACAUGCCUCCGUAGCAAUGAAAAAGCUGCUAUUCAUUCGCUUAAUCAAACUACUAAAUUCUGGCUUGUUAAAAGAAGAUGAGGGAUUGAGGGAUUGUGCGCUGGUUGUAAAUGUUGCAUUAUUUGAUAUUUAUUUGGAAAGCAUUAAAAUCAGACUUGAAUGUUUCACAUGGCCCUUUGGUAAACAGUUUGUAUAUAUUAACAGUUGUUCUUUAUUUAACAAAACUGUAAAUUUAUUUUUCUUAGUAAGGGAUCAUAUAGCAUGUAUUCCAGCGUUUACAUACUGCCACUUCUUCCAGUACAACAUUUGAUGGAAAGGGAGUCAUGUGUAAAUAAAUUUUAGUAUCUCAAUGAGCAAAAUUCUUUAGUGCCACUUGAAUUGGUUUUGCCAUUUAUACCUUCCCACAAUGUAAAUUACAUUUCUUUGUAAAUGAAUCUUAAGCAGAUUGUCUGAUGACACGUUCUGCAUUAGUUAUUAUGACUAUAUUCCAGAGGUGUUUGAUCGAAAGUGUUUGGUAUUUUUUCCUUUGUUUUAAUCCUUGUAUGGAACAGUAACAUGAAAAUUCAUAUAUCGGAAGAUUAAAACAACUCUGCAAAGGCAGUCUCACCAAAUAACUAAUUAUUAGGUGUCUGCACUUAACAUGUAUUAAUUCUGUGUAUGAAAAAUUAAGCAAAUUAAAAGUUUAGAUAAAAACGUAUCAUAACCAGGAAUGUGCGUUUUUAAGAGCUACUUCCUAAAAAAGAUCUGAUCAACUUUUUGCCUGGUUAUUUAUACUCAUCAUGGGACUGUAUUUAAAUUUAAUUAUGAAAACGAGUAACCAACAAAACCAUGAGUGGAGUUUGGUUUCUUUCUGGAGGGGAGAGUGGGGGUGAAAGGAAAACUUUUUGUAAAAACUGAGAUCAAAUCCUAUAUCUUGCCCGUUUUCAUACGAAAGACUAUUCAUAAUUAAGGGAUGAAGUACCUUGUGAUUCAUAUUAUGUAAAUGACUUACAAAGUCGCCUUAUUUCACUGUCCCCAAAUUCCUUAAGAUUAUGAUGAUUAUGUCUCCAGAGAAGCUCAAUUUUGUAUUUAAAAUGUUGAUAAUCUUUCACCUAAUCACCCACAAUAUUACAGCAAUUGUAAUACACACAUUCUCUGAAAAGAAUCAUGCUUUUCUUUUAUAUAUUACAGUUGUUCCUUUAUUUUAAGAAUGAUUUGCACUUACAUGACUUAUUGUGUAUUUAAAAAUGUUAAUGUGCAUUCCAAAUAAAUGUUAUUUAUUAAA